AUGAUCUUUCAAUUGAAUAGCGUUAAUUAUGAGUUUGCUAUGAGUUUGCGAAAAACAGUACGCGUUACCUAUCGACGUAUGACAACACCUAGCAGAACUUCACGUUACUGGCCAAUACUUAUUCUCAUAGUCAUUGUAUAUUACAUAAUUUAUAUCUAUACCGCAGAACAGACAGUUGCAUCGGAUCUUGACUCGUCCUUUCAUGGAAAUGGGAUGUAUGGGCAUCUAACCGGUUUGAAGGAACGUCGAAAAGUUAGUUCGGCAUCUGGAUCAAUUGUCAAGUCAGAUCAUCGAGAUCCAUCAUAUACAAAAUUCUCUUCUGACAUACGUUCACGUUAUUCUUUUAUUGAUCUUGACGAUCUCGAUGUUAACAUCACCAUUCUCGACGAAGAGCACCGGUCUUCCUCUGAUGUAAAAGUCAGUCCAUCAUUUUCAAAUACUCAUCGAUUUUCGCACAUCUUAAGUCUCAAAGGUGAUUCUUCAACUAUUAUUUACAAUCGAAUACCACACAGUUAUGAUCAUACAAUGCGAGUUUUACUCGAACAAGUAUCGACGCUGCAUUCAUUCAGUUAUAUUUCCAGUCGAAUCUCGCAUCCAUACGCAUACAAUCAAUCCUCGUUGAUUCACAUAGGCCAAUCCUUAACUCAACAUAAAUUCCAUCAGUUAAUCUACGACCGUUCGAUCUACUUUUUUGACUGCUAUCAUUUAAAGUUACCUACACAGCCAAUUUGGAUUAAUCUCGUUCGCGAUCCCAUCUCUCGUGUGACAUCCGAAUUUCAUGCAGCACGUGAGCAGUGCCGCACAACAAAUCGUUGUCUCGUUCCCAAACAAACAGUGAAUGAUACACUUGAUACUUGUGUUUCGAAAUGGCCGCCCGUAAAAUGUCUUUCAGCAGAAUUCGGUGUGUCGCAGAUGAUUCCAUUCUUCUGUGGACUAAAUCACACAAACGAAUGUCAAAUGAAUUCAACUUUUGCAUUGCAGCAAGCGAAAGAUAAUAUCGAAUACUAUUAUACCGUAGUUGGCGUUGCUGAAUUGUUCUACAAAUUUCUAUACGUUCUUGAGAAACUUCUCCCCCAAUAUUUUCAACUUGCUCGUCUUCUAUUCAUGAAUACUCGAAGUUCUGAUCGUCUAAUCGACGAACGAGAUACGAACGUGCCCUUACCAAAUGGCAAAACCAGGGAUAUCCUCAAACGAUUACUUCGCGACGAAUAUGAAUUGUAUGAAUAUAUCAGAACACGUUUUUAUGAUCAAUACAGAAUAUUAACCGACACGGAAUGGUAA